UAGGGCUUUAUAUGCAACUGUCAUAGAAAGGAAGUACUUAAGUAUUUAUAAAGUACCUACUAUUGAUGUACAGGUAUUUUGUGCUGUGCAUCAAUCAUACAUUCUUGAAGUUUUUAUUGAAGUAACGUUUCAAGGAGAACAAAGUUUUAGAUAAAUAACAAUGGCUAGUAAUGAAGUUUGUGAAGAAAGUGUUAGUGAACUUUUUGAUAAGACAGUUAAUUUGUUUGAGUCAAUUAAGGACUCUAAUUUAGACCAUGGCUCAGCAGAACUACAAAGAGACAUUGAAAAGUGUAGGUGUGCAUUGGAGCACCUAACCUUGCUUGUCUCGCAGCUGGGUCUAUUCAGUGACAAUGAAGGAAUAGAAGAAUUAUCCACACCUACUGUCAAAUUUCUGCUGCUGCCAGCAUUGUUAGGCUACAUCACCAGCAGGAGGAAAUGCCAGCCCUUCAACCCUUGCUCAGCCACAAAGCCGCAGGAGUUUGGGGAGGAGGUUGGUGAGGUGCUUCCCACCCGAUGCCACAUAUUGAAGCUUGCCACUGAGUAUUACGAGGACUUCAUUACUCGUUGCAGGGAUUAUGGUAUUACCAAUCAAUCAAUUCCGAAGAGAAAUGUCAACCACUUUGGGGAACAAACAAGUGCCAGGCCAACUCCAGAGCAAUUGAAGGCCAUGAGCCAAGAAAGAGAGCAGAAAAUACUUCGUUAUAAAGAGAAGAAAAGAUUAGAAUUGCAGCUGAAAGAGCUGCGCCAGUCCAAGGUUGAGCCUGAUGAUGAGACAGCUCGAGAAUUUUACUUGAAAUGGUUGGAAAUGGCCAUCAUUGAGAGUGUGGAGGAGCUGGAGAGCUUGGGAGUGGAGGCGGCCAUGCUGCAGAGGAUGGCUGGUAUGCAGAGCAGUCCUCAAGCCCAUACACCGACCCCUCGCAGCGGCUCAUUCAAGCCUAUUCUGAUCACGCGUGACGCCUUACAAAAGAAAGUUUUUGGCCUUGGCUACCCCAGCCUGCCUGUCAUGACGGUUGAUGAGCUCUAUGAGCAGCGCGCCAAGGAGGGAUGGUACGAUAAGCUGAGCGGUCCGCCGGAUGCCCCGCACGACGAUGCAGAUCAGCGUCCCGACGACGAACAGAACAGCGAUGACGACGCGAGCGAGGAGACGAGGCGCCGCCUAGCAGCCCGUGACGAAUACCGGGACAUGCAUCGUCGCGGCUGGGGGAACACGUACAAUAGGAGCUAGGAGACCGGGGAACACGUACAAUAGGAGCUAGGAGACCGGGGAACACGUACAAUAGGAGCUAGGAGACCGGGGAACACGUACAAUAGGAGCUAGGAAACCGGGAACACAUAUAAUGACAGUAGAAAUGAUAGAAAUUGGGGUAUAAAACAAUAGGAGCUGAAGGGCCAUCAAGGAUGUCGCGGAGAGGGAGAGGAGGAAGACGCGUGCAAUAGGUGGAGCUAGAGGGGGGAGGGAGCACGUAUUAUUGGAGCAAGUUUGUAUCAUAAGGAGGGAACGUCUGGCAGGGGUUGAAUUAAUAUUUUGGCUUGGAGUAAGGGGGUAAAGGGAGGGCAAAAUAUAAGAUAAAAUUUA